AUGUCCAGCAUCCUGCUACAUGGACCUUCUGUGAGGUUGUUCAUGGGCCUCGUGUGUGUCCUGUCCCUCUGGAACACAGCUUCUGGCCUUAAAGGAGAAGCAAAGAAAGAAAAAGGAAUGACUUUCCUACGUGAAGCAGUGACUGGAAGCAAAGGUCUCAAGAAGGAAAAAGACGGUGCCCUUCUUGGUGCAACAGUGUCUGUCCACAGGGCAGAAGAGAGGAAGAAAAAGCGGGUGGAGCUUCUUGCUUCCACAGAGCUCCCGGCAUGGUCAGUGGAUCUGUCUGCCCUCAACCUGACGGAGCUUGUGAAUGGGAUGCUGAGGAGAGCUCUAAAAGCUGAGGGCAAGAAGUUCUUCUCUUUGCUGAGCAUCACCUCCUACAGCUCCUUUGCCUUCCACAAGGUUUCUGUGGCCAUCUACAACAUUUCCAACCCAAAGACAGUAGACCCGGCCACAUUCCCUACCAGAUACUGCUAUUGUUUAAACAAUAGGACCAGUGACUUAUCAGAUUUCGCAGCCCUGCUGGUGGACAUCGUUGGAAACUCUACCAGCUACCUCACUGAAAUCUUUAAGUCAACCUCCAUCCUCUCAGUGAGUCAGACCAAUGAAUCCGACUGUGUCUUCCUCUGUGUGAUGGCAGGGAAGUCAGGAAGGAAUUUUUCUGACUUCCGGGAUAUUGUGGAGAAAUCCCCUGUUGUCAAUUACACAUUUACCAGUGGUCUGUCCAAAGCUUUGGCUACCAGUGAAACAGCUAGGACUUCAAGGCCCACAAGCCAAAGACAGCCGACUCUACCAACUUCAAGCCCUAUACACUGGACUGUGCGCACACAGGGGGCAUCUGCUUGGAGUAUUCCUCCCUGGACAGAGAUAAGCCCUCCUUCAGAGGUUUCAGGGAACGUAGGAAUGCUUCCUGAGCCACCUGCUGGGCCUACAGCCACACAGGGCCAUGCCUCUCAUAUACCCCCAGCCUCAGAAGCAGUCACUCCAGGCACACAAACUCCGAGUCCAACCAAGGCACCAGCCCCCAGAGACCCACAGACAGGUAUUGGCCCUGUAGAAUGGUCAUUCACCCCUGAGCAACAGCCAGCCCUGGUCCCGGCACCCCACCGACCUUCAAGGUGUCCGCAGCCGCUCCUCAAAGAGGGGUUUGUGGCAGCCACUCCUCUCUCCUUGGCUAUCCCGAAGCUCAGCCCAUGCCUGAUGGAGCUGUGCCGUUUCUUCCAGCAGUGCCUCUGUGUGGGCCAGAGGAGGGACGCCAGCUCAGAGGCCGUGAGGUACUGCUUGGAGCACUACUCCUGGUUUCUGAAGAACGCAACCCUGAUCUGUCAGAAGGUGCAGAAGGUGUCCCACUCGCGCACCUUGAAGCAAAAAUGCCGUGAGAAUGUCUGCAUGUUUGUUUAA